AGGGCAGGUUACAGUCCCGUUGUUUGCACAUGCUGGCUCGCAAACUGAUCAUGUGGAGCAGCAUCAAUCUGUUGUCACUGAGAGCUACUCCCAUUCCAGGAGCUCUGAACUUGGGAGCAGACUUAAUGUCCAGGGGGAACCCGCAGUACGGGGACUGGACCCUGCAUCCACAGGUGGUGACCCAAAUCUGGACCCGCUUUGGCCAGCCACAGGUCGACUUGUUUGCCUCGAGGGAGAACGCUCAGUGUCCACUGUAUUUCUCCCUGAGGGACCAGGAGGCUCCGCUAGGGGUAGAUGCAUUGGCUCACAAUUGGCCACAUGCUCUACUUUAUGCGUUCCCUCCACUGGCUUUAAUUUCUCCCACUCUAACCACAGUGAGAGAGAGAGGGCUAACAAUAAUAUUGAUCGCCCCAAGGUGGGUAUUUGAGGAGUGGUAUGGAAAGUCUCACACUCUCUCCUUUCAGUGCUCUAUGACAACAAUUCUCUCCUUUCUCCAGGAACUGUUAGAUAAAGGAAAGGCCUUUUCCACAAUUAAAGUAUAUCUAGCAGCCAUUUCAGCCUGUCAUGUGGGCUUCGUGGAUGGCCCAGUGAGCCAUCACCCGCUAGUCCGCUAUUUUAUGAAAGGGGCACAACAACUCCACCCGGUUUCUAAACCUCUCGUCCCCACAUGGGAUUUAUCCCUGGUGCUGGGGGCAGUUUCACAGCCACCAUUUGAGCCACUAAGCCAGGUGGAAAUAAAAAUCCUGUCUUUGAAGACUGCAUUGCUCCUGGCUCUCGCAUCUGCGAAGCAUAUCAGCGAUAUUCAUGCGCUGUCGAUACACAAACAGUGCACCCGAUUCACGCGGGAUAACUCUAGAGUCAUACUCAGGCCAAAUCUGGCCUUUGUGCCCCAAAAUCCUUAUCUCCAAUGCACCCCAUUGGAGCUGGAAGCUUUUUGCCCUCCUCCUUUCUCCUCCCCUGAACAGGAGCGCCUAGAUGCUGUCUGUCCAGUUAAGGCUUUAUGUACCUAUACGCAUUUCCCACUGGAUUGUUGAGGCAAUCCAAUUGGCUUAUUCAAGCAUAGCAACCUCUUGGGCCCUUUUUAGGGGUGUCUCUAUAGAGGAGAUAUGUGCAGCAGCGAGCUGGGCUUCACCUUUGACCUUGACCAAGGUUUUACAGGUUGGAUGUCACUGCACCAUCUCUAGCCCACACUGUGUUAUGUUUGGGUCCCCACGAGACCUAAGUUGGCAGUCAGUCGUUCAGAUGGGCUUACCUGGCAAUACGGGAGUCUGCAUAUCUUUGAUAACAUGAGUGAGGUGUCUCACCAGAUCACCCUCCUUGCACGAAGCGAGGAAGAGGUGAGCUUAUCUUGAAUGACGGGUGACGCUGCGUCACACCCUUUUAUAGGGAGGAGGGUGGCCCCUCCCUGACACAAGCGUCAUUACUCCAGCCAAUGCUGGCUGGAGUAAUGACAGAGGCUUCUGAGGACAACGCUGAGAGAGCGUUCCCCACAGUGAGACGCCUCACUCAUGUUAUCAGAGAACAGAGGUUACGGAAUAGAGUAACCUCAAGUUAUUGUCUGAAGCCUUUAUGUGCUUAUAGUUUAUCCACAGCAUUCAAUGAGUGUUUACUAUGAAAGCAGACUGCUGGAUAUUAGGUCUAAUGAAUUAAAGCUACUGUUCAAUCAGCUUUAGUUUGAUUUAUAAAAGACGUAUCACAUUUCCGUGACAAAAGCACUGCAUAAAGAACUGCUAAACUAAUAAUGAUUUUAAAACACUUAUGCUACAGACCAUACUAUCUAAAAUACGUAUUUUUUCAUUUUUAACAAUGGCUUUCAAUGUUACUUACACCCAAAGUAUUUGGUGAAAUAAAGGAUUUUUCCUCCAGGUCAUCUAGUAUGGCAGAAUGUCUUUUUCUGUUUCUUUAAAUAUUCUGAUUACAGAUAACCCAUUUGAAGAUAGGAAAGUUUAAAGAGUUAAAUAAUGAUGUGUCAUAGCAUACUGAUGUUAAUGGGAACCUCGAAAUCACUGAAAGGUAGGAGAUGACUAAAGCUUCCUGCAGUGCCGUAUAUCCGUAGCUUACAUGAUAUAAAGAUCCUGAGCUAAACAUGUGCCAUCGUCCUGUAACCUAAUGGCAGGGCAGCAACAAAACAUAGUAAAUGUAGUACUAGUGUUAUAGCAGUUAAUGUGUGUUUUGAAAGCUUGUCUCCAGUUUUCCUCUAGCUGAAUGUACCGUGUUGUCUCUCUCUUUGUAUUAUUUUGCUCCUGUUUGAGAUUUUUCAGCACACUACUGAGUUGCAGCUCUUAUCUGUCAUUUUCCUCUUACAG